AUGAGCGAGACUUCUGGUGGCGAAAAGAGUGAUCAACAGAUCACGAAUCAGUUGGCAUCCCUAGUGCCGAGUUUUGACCCAGCAAAGGAUGACAUGCAGACCUACAAGCAGAAGGUAGAGAUAGUUCUGGGUGCGUGGCCCAAAUCUCGCAUCACAGAGCUUACAACGAGAUUGAUACUGAAUACACAGGGAUCUGCUUUUCAAACUUUACAGUUGCAUCAUGCCGAACUCAUGGUCAAUGAGGAGAAAUCAGUGACUCGCUUGGUGGAGUUGUUGGGGGGACAGUGGGGCCGCAUAGGCCUUGAACAACAGUACCAGGAUGUGGAGAACGCCCUUUACCAUACAACACAGAGAGCUGAUGAAUCUCAUGACUCCUUUUUGGCGAGGGCCGAUGUUUUGUGGUCCAAAGCAGUGUCUAGGAAACUGUCAUUGUCCGAUCUACAGGCUUUUGUGACUCUUCGAGGGUCGCUUCUUUCACCAGAAGAAAAGAAGCGUGUGAUCCUAGAUGCCGAUCAAAGUCUGGAAGGCAAACUGACAGUGCCUCGAGUCCGAGAGGCCAUUAGACUGUUGGGGGCAACGUUCUUUGCCGCCAUGACUGGACAGAAGACCACAGCAAGAAACAAGGUUUAUGAUGCAACAACUAUGCAUGUGGAACAUCAGGAUGAGGUCAAUGUAACUGAUGGCAUGAUCGCCACAGAUGAUGUUGGCACGGAAGAGGACUUCAUCGAAGCCUUGGUAAUGGAAGGUGAAGACGAAGACGCAGUACUGGUGGCCGAUUUUGAGGCCUUAGCAGCUGACACAAUCCAAGAGGACAGUGAACUAGCUCAGGCAUUCAAUGCCUACAGUGAUGCCCAUCGUCGCCUUUCAGAAAAGUUUCGCAACCGAGGUUUCUGGCCGACAUCGAAAGGUUCCUCUCAUGUCAAGGGGAAGGGAUUUGGGGGCAAGUUCAAUGGUCAACGAGGCAAAGGAGGUUACAAUCCACCUCGUCAGCGCAAGUCACUGCAAGAUCGUAUCAUGCAGAGUAACUGUCGAGCAUGUGGCCGAAAAGGCCAUUGGAAGGCUGAGUGUCCAUUCAAGUCUACGGCACCAUCGACGACAAGCCAAGCUUCGUCGACAGCCCCAACAUCGACGGUGAUCAUCGAGCAGGACGUCCUGCCCGUGGAGUUUCUGAACUUGCCGCAGUUGCCAACUGAAGCCUCAUGUCCGAUUCCAGAGGUGUGUUUUGCUACCCAUGGUACGAUGGCAAUCCUGGAUUCCGGAGCUUCCAAGACUGUAGUAGGUGAUACUCCCUUUCUACUGAGUAACACUCUUUUGAGAGCCUUGCAAGCCAAAGUAGACUGUGUGGGACAUGUUCUCGAAAGCCCGCUGAACCGUCUUCAGACGCCAGUACAGGUGGAAGUAGAAGACCUGAGUCACCUGAGCCUGGAGGAACUCUCCGGAGAGACUCUGGCAUUUGGCCAGAAACACCACGGCAAGACCUUUGCCGAAGCAUGGAUGGACCAAGAAUGGGUGCGGUUCAUGGUCACCCGAUACUCCCAGAGUACCAAAAGUGCCCAUCGCAGAUUCCUGCGAUACGUGGAAUUGAAACUGGACCAACACGAGCAACAGCAGACCGGAAUUCCAGUGAUUCCAACAGACAGUGUGCCGGUGGAGCCCUUGCAACACACGGCCAAAGCCAAAACAGCCGCCAAGGCCAAGGCCAAAGGAAUGGCAUCGGCCACCCCAGUGUACCUCCCAGACAUGGAGGGCGAGUGGGCUAUGGAACCAGGCCCGUAUCCAUCCACGACUAUGACCUCAAGCUCAAUGCCGACGGAAGUGUGUGCACUGCAGCAACGUAUGCUGAACAUGGAGAAUGCCAUGAUACGGAUCAUGCAUCAUCUGGAGAGCCAAGCCAAUGCAGUGCAGGUGCCAGAGACCACAGUCUCCGACCAAGAUGACACCAGCGUGUUUGCAGCAUUAGCCCGGCGACAGAGACCCAAUUUUGUCCGUUCCGAACUGGUGACUCCCGAGAGCCGACCAGAGCAAGAAGCCAAGAGGUCAGCAUCCGACACCACGACAGAGGUAAAAGCCUCUGAACCUGAGGCACCUGACAAUCAAAUGCAAACCAGACUCAAGGAUCAGUCUUUUCGUUUCCGAUAUCGGCCAGAUGUCUCACAAGCUGCCCUGGAACUGAAGUGCCCAGUAUGUCCUCCCACAGAGCUUCAGGUGGAUUCAGGCACAGAGCUGAACAGCGAAGAGUUUGCCGCCUUUCUCCAGCGAUUUGGAUCAGUCAUGCCAGAAGUGAUGGACCAAUCGGACCAGUCAUCAACCACCGAGACCCUGACUUGCGUCGAUGUGGAUUGGUGUCUUGUGGCCAAUGAUCAUCAGGACGCAGCAUGGCGAUGUGAGUUUGAUGUACCUCUCUCCGACCACCAAGGGUUGCCUGAGGAUCAAGAAGAAGCCUGGAGCCUGUUGGCUACAAAUGCCAAGAAACAACGCUCUGAAGUUCGCCUGACAGAACUUUCACCUGAGGAAAAGGAAGAGUUCCAAAAGGCCAAAAUGGCAGAAGUUCAGAGCUGGGUCCAAACUGGGACUGUCUCGAAGGUGCUUCGAAAUCAGAUCCCUGAGGAUCAAAUACUCCGUUGCCGCUGGAUACUGACCUGGAAACCUCUGGAUAACAUCAGUGAGGCCUCUGGUAGCAUGACACAAAAGCCUGUCAAGACCCACAAAGCAAAGGUCAUAGCCAGCUGUGGGUGGCAGCUUCAAUCGUUUGACGUGAAGGCCGCAUUCCUUCAGGGUCAGCCACAGUCCGACCGUGUCAUGGCAGUGGAUCCAGUUCCAGCAUUCUUGGCGUGCAUGUUGACGAUGGGAUUGGUGGAGGUCCUGGAACCAUACUUGCAGCCUGCCAGACACGUGGCUCAGGCGAGCUCAGAGGCCGUCCAAUCAGAAGCAUCCAAAGGCAUCCAAUCCGAAUCUCAGCUGGCAGUGGAGGAAAAGCUGAGCGCUUCAGGUCGUCGAGGUGGACUGCGAGGGUGGGAAGUGGAUCUUUUGUCUGGACGAAAGGAUUUGUCUUCACAGGAGUGGCAUGGACAUGGGAUGAUUGUGGAGCCAUUGGUGGUGGAUGUGGUAAUUGUGGCGGAGAGACAGGUGAAGCCUUUGGUAGUGGAGGCUCAGGUGAUGCUGGAGGCGCGGAUCACUGCAGCUCAGAAGAUGACUGCCACGGUGGGAAGUGUCAACGAGCAACUCCCUCGCUGCGACGCCGCAGGGCGGCACGAGCCCGAAAAGAACGAAUUGCCACCCCCAACUCUUGGAGGAGAAGGGAGGAGCAAGUUGCAGGGUCCUCCCCUGAUUGGGCAACGGCUUGGGCGACGUGCUUCAGCGCAAUCAUCGCGUCAGCAUCCCAAGCACAUGUGCUUUCAGCAACCAUGGGGAUAA